AAAUAAAAACAAAGUUUACUUUGUAUAAAGUUACUAAAUAUUUUAUUUAAAGUCUAAUAAUUGUAGUGAACAUAAGUUUUAUACAAGAGAAAAUGUCCGUUGGACCAGAUAUCGCCAAAGAAGCGGAAAAUACACCCAUCGUGCGGGGCUAUGAUUGGAAUCAGGGAAUUGAUUACUCAAAAUUAUUUGAGUCGUAUGUUAAUACGGGGUUUCAAGCUACUAAUCUUGCGUUGGCAAUAAGAGAAAUCAAUCUAAUGGUUGAAGAAGACUUUAUUAAACGCCUAGCACCUACGUACAUGGGAUCAUUCGAAUUAUCUGGCCGAGAUUUACGGGAUCGUGGUAUAAAUCGUAUAGGUAAUUUGCUUGUACCGAACGAUAAUUAUUGCACGUUCGAGGAUUGUUUAAGAGCAAAAAACGAAAGGCAUUUGCUCUCCUUCUCAUAUUAUACAACUACUUGGGGAAAGGAUAAACGACACCAGCUCAAUAUACUACAGGGCUGCGAAACAUAAAAUACCUGUGUUUUGCCCUGCGCUAACAGGUGGUAUGAUGUAUUUCCACUCUUUCCGUCACCCCGGAUUAGUGGUAGAUAUUUUGUCCGAUUUGCGAUGUCUAAACACUAUGGCUGUGAAAGCCACCAAAUCGAGAAUGAUGAUAAUUGGUGGCGGUAUUAUAAAUCGGUGGUUAUAUCACAUAUGCAAUGCGAAUUUGAUGAGAAAUGGAGYCGAUUAUUCCGUUUUUAUUAACACAGCUUCGGAAUUCGAUGGCAGUGACAGUGGUGCUCGACCAGAUGAGGCUAUUUCUUAGGGUAAAAUAAAGAAAGAAGCUUCACCAUUUAAGGUAUGGGUAUGGUUUAUGGUAUAUACGUAUGCAGAAGCUAGUUUAGUAGUGCCGUUGAUUGCUAAUGAGACAUUUGUUAAAAGACAUUUCAAUGCAAAAAAAAAAACGAACCAUGAUAAUAAAUAAUUGUAAAAAAAUUCAAA